CUGUUCCUUCUUGGUCUCAUGUAUAUUUAAUAGCUUCACCAAGGACAAUGUGUUUGUAAGAUAUCAUUUGAAUGUCAGAUGAAUUGAUUUCUGGAGAUACACACACAUAUAUACACACACACACACAAUGGCCGAAACUUAUCAACCAAAAACAGAUUAGCAAAAAAAAAAACGAAAAACGAAAAAAAAAUCGUGCCGACGAAUUGAUUUUCAAUGGCCGAAGCUUCAGCUUCUUCAACUGAGCCGAAAGAAUUUGAUGUCUUUUUGAGUUUCAGAGGUGAAGAUACUCGCGUAAAUUUCACCGCGCAUUUAUACGAAGCUUUGGUGAAGAAUGGAAUCGAGACCUUCAUGGACAACGAUGGGCUUGAGAGGGGAAGAGACAUUUCUCUUGACCUCUUCGAAGCUAUCGGGAAAUCCAAGUCUGCGAUUGUUGUUUUCUCGGAAAACUAUGCCGAUUCGAGUUGGUGUUUGGACGAGCUCGCCAGAAUUGACGAGAGCAAAGAAGAGAAGGGGCUCAUAGUCUUUCCAGUUUUCUGUGAUGUGGAUCCGUCGCACAUAAGAAAGCAGAAAGGGAGUGUAGAAAAUGGUUUUAAGAAGCACGAGAAAGACUUCCAGAAUGAAAUGGGAAAAGUGGACAGAUGGAGGAAAGCUUUAAAUCGGAUAGCUAGCGUAUCUGGUUGGCAUUUGACCGAUUAUAGGAAACAGUAUCCGGAUGCCAUUCGGGAUAUCAUUAGAAAGAUUUUGGAAAAGUUGCACCCCAAGGACAUAGUUGGAAUGGAUUCUCGUAUUCGAAAUUUCGAGCCUUUCUUGAAUUGCAGAUCAGGAGAAGUUCACAAGGUCGGGAUUUGGGGAACGGGAGGGAUUGGUAAGACAACUUUCGCUGAAGAAGUUUUCAAAAGAAUCCGCGGCGAGUUUCAAGCUAGUCACUUUGUUUAUAGAGUCAGGGAAGAAUGUGAAACGGAAGAUGGUUUGACUCGUUUAAGAAAAGAACUUGACGAAAAAUUAUUGAACAACAAAGCUUCUAUGAAGGUGCUUAUCGUUCUAGAUGAUGUCGAUAAUGCAACACAAAUAGAGGCUCUGGUUGGGCAGGUUGGCUCAGGAAGCAAAAUCCUCAUAACAACGAGGGAUGAGAACUUGUUGAAGGAUUCUGGUGUUAGAGAUGUGUAUGAGGUCGAGAAAUUAAAUGAUAAGGAAGGUCUUCAGUUGUUUUGCGCGAAAGCAUUCGAAGGGAAACACUAUCCUCGCCGUUUUUAUGAAGAACUAUCGAAGGAAUUCGUAAAUUACGCUGAUGGUCUUCCUUUGGCUCUUGAGGUUUUAGGCAAUUAUUUACGGCUUCACAAAAGUGAAAAAGAAUGGAAAGGAGAACUAAAACGUUUACGGGAAACUCCUCAUGAGGGCAUUACUAAAGUGCUUCAAUUCAGUUAUGACGCACUAAAUUACCAAGCCAAGGAAACCUUUUUGGAUAUCGCACAGCAGUCUAAGUGUCCUCGUUGCUAG